AUGGACAGAACUUCUAGAAGUGAACUUUUAAAGAUUGUUGAGUCCCAAAAAGAAAAAAUACAGAGAUAUGAAGCCCGGUUGAGAGAUAUUGUCAGUGCUUACAAAGGUCUUCUAAAAGAAAAGGAAGCCCUUGAAGCUAGUUUCCAGUGCUUGACCAAUUCAAAGCAACAAGCCAACAAAAAGCUCAGCUCAGCAUCUGUGGACAAUGGAGACAAAGAUAAUGACCAGGAGAAGUCAGACAAAGAGAAAUGUGGUUUCUCUGAUCCAUUGCAAGUUAAUUCAGAAGAUGACUGUACUGAGAGUGAAGAUAGAGUGGCCACACUCACAUCAUCACUGGCCACACUGACCAAUGAAAAGACCAGACUAGAGAGUAAUUAUUUAGCAGAAAAGAAAUUACUAAAGCAAGAAUAUGAAGACCUCCAGAAAAAGUUGGAAGAAAAAGAAGAAAUAUCAUUAAAAAAACAGGAAGAGCAAGAAAAAUGCAUCAAUGAGCUGAAGCAGAAAUUGCGUGCACAGCAACUUGAACGAGAACAAGAACAAACUGACCAUGCCUUUAUGCUCCGUGAACUACAAAAACUUGUCAAUGAUGGCCGCACUGCUCGAGAAGAUCUUGAAUAUCAGUUGGAGCUGACACAGAGUUCUUUGCAAGCCAAAGAGAAAGCUACUUCUCAGUCAGAGCAGUAUGAAAAGCGAAUCCAUGAUUUGUCUAAUGAACUGAAAGUGUUACGCAACCGAUUAAAGGCUGCAGAGGAAAAAGCUAAUCAACCAUCUCCACUGUUACUACAAUUGCAAAUGGAAAUGGGAAGCCUAAAGUCUCAAUACCAGACGCAGGUCUGUCAAGAACAGCAGCGGGCCAAUGAAGCAGAAGAAAAUCUUAACACCAUGGCUGAGCAGAGUGAGGAGCGUGUGUCUGGGUUGGAGGCUAAACUGUCGGAGCUGUCUGAGGUGGUGGGCAAUUAUGAGCGUCUCCGCCUCCAGGACCAGCAGGCUAUCCAGCGACUCAAGGAACGCGUCGCUCAGCUGGACACAGAGAACAUGGCAUUAGUCCAAGCUGCCCGUACACCAGAUAUCAAGAAAGAUCUUGAUGAGAAUGACAGUGACACCAAUCUUGAUAUCCAAGCUCUGGUUACCAAAAUUGGCAAGUUAAAAAAGUUGCUCAAAUUAGCCCUGCACCAAAAGACAGAGAGGACUUAUGAGCUUGAAGGUGUUUUCUAUAGCGACUUGACUGCUGAAUGCAGUCUCUGUAAAAAGUAUGAACAUGAACUAAGUACCUUAAAAGAGGAAUAUGAACGAUACAAGAUCCGAGCACAAGCCAUUUUAAAGAGUAAAAGCUUAAAGGAAAAUACGUCUCAAGAUGAGGUCUUACGAGAACAAAUGAAUGAGUUGCGAGAGAAGAUCAAGUCAAUGCAUGUACAACAUGAUAAUGAGAUGCAAAAAAAUCUGGAUAAGAUUGACAGUUUGCACAAAGUGGUGAGCAGCCUGCAAGAGAAACACAAAGCUGAACGUAAUCAGAUGAUCAGUGAGCACCAACACCAACUUUCAGAGCUGGAAGGGGAAUUGAAAAAACAACGCAAACGUACAGUGUCGAUGCUGAUCGAAAAAGACCAAGAAAUAGAGAGUCUGCGUAGUCUGGCCAACCUUCCAAGCUAUGACAAUGAUUUUUACAGUGAGUCUAAACCCACAACAGAAUCUGCACAAACACGGGUAUCACCAGAGAGAUCAGAUGAGAAUACAAGUCUUGAUGAAGAACAGACUGUUAAUCUUCUGUUAAAGAACACACCAUCUGGACCUGGUGAUAUGCCUCUUCUCCAUUUUGCUCAGGAGACAGCUAGAAAAGAGGUAGAAAUCUCUUCUUUGCGCUGCAAAAAAUAUCAACUGGAGACAGCACUGAGAGAGUUACAGCAUGCAGCACUGACCAAAGAGCAACGGAUGAGUGAGGAAUUGAUCCGUCUUGAAGAAUUGGUGCAUAAACAAAAAAGAGAUAAGUCAAGGGAAGGUGCCAACUUGGAAUACCUGAAGAAUGUCAUCUAUAAAUUUCUCAUCUGCACUGAUUCUGCAGGUAGACAGAAAAUGCUUAAUGCUAUUGUGACCAUUUUGGAAUUCAGUCCAAAGGAACGGGACAAAGUUCAAACAUUUUGGAAAAGCAGAUGGUGA